CAAAUAGUCUGUCUAUCUGUCGACUUUUUCAAAAUAUACAGCGUAAUGUGAUUUUUGAGGAAUCAAUACAGUGGGAAACGGCUAUGCGGGUUAGCUGAAGGAUAACGAUUAGAUACACUAUAUUUUAAAAUCAGGUACACAGCUGUUCAUCAAUCAAUAUCACCUGCAAACAUGACAUCGAGGCUGGAUAGAUUGUUCAUUUUAUUGGAAACUGGAACAAAUGCAGUGACUAAAAAAGCUGCAGCACAACAGCUAGGAGAAGCCCAGAAAUUACAUCCUCACGAUUUACAUCAUUUAUUAGCAAGAGUUUCUACUUUAUUAAAGUCUCCACACUGGGAUACAAGAGUAUCUGCUGCACAAGCUGUACAAGCUAUUUUAGCUCAAGUUCCUGCUUGGGAUCCACAACCUAUUAAAAAGGAAGAUUAUAAAGAUGGAGAAGCAAAAAAACAUGUACCAAAUAAUAGAUUAAACUUGGAAGACUUUGAUAUGGAAAAGGUCUUAGCUCGUAGCUCACACCUUACUGGAUCAGAAGGCAGUGAAUAUGAUUUAAUUGGUAUCGAUGGAGAGCAAGUACUUCCUGUUCCUCAUCAAGAAGAAAAACUAAUUGCUGCGAAAUUAGGUCUUCAUCCUCAAUUAAUGGGUGUUGAUACCUCAGAAUUAUUUACUGUUGAAGACCUUACACCAGUAGUGUUACCACCUGUCUCGAAUAUGCAAACCAAGAUCUCUGUAAGUGAAACUCUGAAACAACCUAGUGGACUAAGUAGACGUGAAAUCAACAGAGCUAGGCGUAAGGCACGACAAUCAGUUUCGAAGCAACGUUCGCGAGAACCAGAUGAACAUCGCAGCAAUGAAGAUUAUCAUAACAAUUCAACUGCUCAAUCACCCAUUAAUAGUGCAGGAGAAUCAUUAUGUAAAAAAAUAAAAUUAGAAGAAGUAAUCUCAACAGAAAUAAGUGUACCUAAUAGUAUAACACAGACUGAAUCAACGAAUGGAGUACCAGACAGUACUGGUUGUUGGCCAGACUCUGUAAUAGAUUGGCCUUUGGAAUCAUUUGCGGAAAGUCUGUGUCAAGACUUAUUCAGUCAGAAGUGGGAAGUCAGGCAUGGAGCUGCGACUGCGUUACGAGAACUUGUAAAACUUCAUGGAAAAGGCGCAGGAAAAUCGAGGGAUCAGACAGCAGAGGAGAUGGAAGAGAGUCACCGUCAGUGGAUUAUUGAUGCUGCUUUGAGAUUGCUGUGUGUGUUGGGAUUAGAUCGAUUUGGGGAUUUUGUAUCCGAUCAAGUCGUUGCGCCUGUACGCGAAACCUGUGCUCAAGCAUUAGGUUCUCUUCUGUUACUAGUGCCAAAUCAAAAAGACAGUGAAAAUAAAAAUAUAAUAGGAAUUAUUUCGGUCAUGCUGAAGCUUUUAGAACAUGAUGAAUGGGAAGCAAGACAUGGUUCAUUACUUGCACUUAAAUAUUUACUUGCUGUACGAGACGACCUAUUGGACAAUAUACUACCAAGGGUUUUUCCGGCCACAAUGAAAGGUCUUUCUGAUCCUGUUGAUGAUGUAGGCGCUGCUGCAGCUAGUGCGCUUAUACCAGUGGCGUCUGCUCUCCCGCGAUUAUUAGAGCCAUCAGAAUUAGAAGUUAUUGUAAUUCGUCUGUGGGAACUUUUACGUGAGCAAGAUGAUCUAGCAGCGGCAUGUAAUAGUUUUAUGGGACUAUUAGCUGCUAUACUUUCACUACCUACUGCACGCGUUUGUCUUACACCUCAGCCGUUAUCGCAGGUUUUACCACGAUUAUGGCCAUUUCUUAGUCAUUCUAGUUCAAGUGUACGCAAAGCCACUUUACAAACAUUACAAACAUUAACCGGAAAUGAUGGUAUACAAAACGAGAAGAAAAAAGAACAAUGGGGCGAAGGAGGUGGAAUCGUUUUACAAGACGCACUUCGUCAUGUUUUUCAACGUGUACUGAUUGAACAUGUAACUGCCAUACAGGACGUAGCCGAACGUGUUUGGGAAAAUCUAGUCGUACAGAGCGAUCUCGAAUUGUUACUGCACGCAGCGUGUCCUCUUGUUAGCACAUGGCUCUGCCUUGCUAUGCAACCGGAACAUGUGCCAUUUAAUCCAAACUUACUGAUGACAAUAAGUUCUCCGAAUAAAGGGACUAAGAGUAAUCAGUUCGUUGGUGUCUGCGAUGGACAAUCAGACGUUAAUAAUGUGGGGGGAAAUAAUACCACAACUGGAAAUGUGAAAUCAAUAUCUGAACUGAAAGUUUACAUUGGUGGGAUUGAGACUGUAGCUCAAAAUAUAAGGAAAUUAAAUGUAGUACAAGCUCGUUGUAGAGCUGCACGAAUGUUAGGAUGGCUAUCGCAUUAUGUAGUACAACCAGCACCAGGUGUCACUUAUACACCAGAUAUACCUAGUCCAGCACUUUGUUACGCUAAAGUAUUACUGGCACACCUGAACUCACGUUCAGCGUUGCAACGCACUGUUGCAGGCUUGACAAUGUCUCAUUGGGCGACUGUAAACAAUGAACCACCUGCCAUACCAGACAUACUCAGGGACAAACUCUUGACGUGUUUAAACGAAUGUGUAUACUAUGAUGAGAUUGCCGCAUCUUUCACUCGACUAUUACAUGACAGUCGUGAUUAUAUUGCCACUCUGAAACAUUAUAAAUUACCUGUUCCCAUCGAGACAGAUGCAUCGGGUGUAAUGACGCUCGAUCAAAUUGCGAAUCUUGCUGCAAAACCAAUUACAGAUCUUUGCGCAAUGGGCAAUGUAGCAGGCAAUGGAGGAUCAGGUGGAAAUAUUGGCAGCAGCCCCAGCACGGUUAAACUAAAACCAAAAGUAAUCGAAAGUUUAAAAGAAAGGCGAAAAGCUUUGGAAGUAGGCGCUAGUGAUACAGCUGCCCAACAACUUUCGUACAAUGUUAUGUCAAUGGCCGCACUAGCUGGUGCUGCCACAAUGUUACACUGUCUCCCUCCAUCUCCGCUACCCCUUAAUCCAUUAGUGAAACCACUGAUGGAAGCUAUUAAACGGGAGGAAAACGAAGAGCUACAGAAAUUAGCUGCAAAACAUUUGUCAUACUUAGUUGACCUUUGUUUAGAUAGGACACCUUCCCCUAAUGCAAAGAUAUCGACCAAUUUAUGUACAUUCCUAUGCUCGGAUAUUGAAUUUACGCCUCGUGUAAAUUUCGAGACGGAUACGGAUCUUUAUGACGGAAUUCUUACUUUAAGCAACAGACAGAAACAUGCUGAAAGAGUAGCUUAUAAUCGAGGGGCGAACAGCGGAAUUGGUAGCGGAAGAGGACCAGGUCGACCACCGACUACUGAAAUCCCUUUGGAAGAACUACUUGCUUGCGAAGAACCUGAAGCCAAAGCAGCUAGAACACGCCGUCGUGGAGCAACUUUCGCACUUACUGCUAUAGCCACUCACUUUGGUGAUCAGUUACCAAUUCGACUACCACAUCUGUGGGAAUUAAUCCUACCAAAUAUCUUAAGGGAGGAGGAAAAAAUCAGUGGUCGUGAAAAUACUCAAGAAGAAGUAAAUCAAUUAAUUUUUGGUUUACAGGUUUUAGAAGUUAUGGCUCCAAGUCUCGAUAAAGCUUUACUUCCCCCUGUCCUGAAAUGCCUUUCAUGUUUGUGUAAAUUGUUGGCUCAUCCAUACAAAGCCGUUAGACAUAUGGCAUCGCGUUGUAUUUCUGUGUUAGCUAGAUUAGAUACCGAAAAGGUAAUAAUACACAUCACACGCAGCGUAAUACCGCUUUUAGAAGUUACCGGUGGGGAGAAAUUAUAUUCGACGACCGUAACAGCCCCGAGCGAAAUAGAUUCAGUGAGGCAAGGUGCAGCUGAAGCAUUGGUUUGCCUUGUUGAAAAUUUAGGUGUGAAUAUUGUUCCAUAUGCUGUACUUUUCAUGGUUCCUUUACUGGGCCGUAUGAGUGAUCAAAAUCAAGCUGUGAGACUAGCCUGCAGUGCAACAUUUGCCACGCUUGUACAGCUUCUACCUCUUGACCCUGGUGCAAUAGCUGAUCCACCAGAUUUAGUAGAGAAGAAAGCUCAAGAGCGACGGUUCCUAGAACAACUUUUAAAUCCACGCAGUAUUCCAGAUACCGAAUUACCAAUACCUGUAGCUGCAGAAUUGCGUUCUUAUCAACGUCAAGGUCUGAAUUGGCUGAACUUCCUAAAUCGUUACCGACUUCAUGGUGUCCUAUGUGAUGACAUGGGUUUAGGAAAAACGUUACAGACUCUUUGUAUAUUAGCAUUAGAUCAUCAUCGUAAUCCUCAUGCUCCACCAAGUCUAGUAGUUUGUCCACCGACUUUAACCGGUCACUGGGUGUACGAAGCAGAAAAAUUCUUCGAAUCUAAAGAUCUUUCAGUCCUGCAAUAUGCCGGCACUCCGCCUGAACGCGAGAAAUUACGUCCAAAAGUUACUUACCACAGACUGGUUGUUGCAAGUUACGAUAUAGUACGUAAAGACAUUGAUUACUUCGAAACGUGGCAAUGGAAUUACUGUGUGCUCGACGAAGGUCAUGUUAUAAAAAAUGGAAAGACAAAAAGUGCAAAAGCAACGAAACGACUACACGCCAAUCACAGACUUAUAUUGUCAGGCACCCCGGUUCAAAAUGACGUGCUUGAACUGUGGUCUUUAUUUGAUUUUUUAAUGCCAGGUUUUCUAGGCACUGAGAAACAAUUUGCGGCAAGGUACUCACGUCCUAUUCUAGCUUGUAGAGAACCGAAAGCUGGACCAAAAGAACAAGAAGCGGGUGCUUUGGCUAUGGAAGCGUUACACAGACAGGUUUUGCCAUUUUUAUUGAGGCGAAAUAAAGAAGACGUUCUCCAAGACUUACCACCUAAAAUUACUCAAGAUUAUUACUGUGACUUGUCACCAUUGCAACGCACAUUGUACGAAGACUUCCGUAGUAGACAUUCUGCCACUCUAUUAUCUGCCACAUCGUGUACUUCAUCUGCAAGCGAUCCUCAAGGAGGUCAUGUGUUCGAAGCACUGCGAUAUCUACGUAACGUUUGUAAUCAUCCUAAAUUAGUACUGAAUCCACGACACCCACUAUAUCAAACGGUAUGCAACACGUUAAAACAACAAAAAGGUACCUUAGCUGAUAUAGAACAUGGAGCAAAGUUACCAGCGUUAAAGCAACUACUACUGGAUUGUGGAAUUGGACAACCACAACAACAACAAAACUUGGCAUCUACUGGUGGUACACCAGAUAAUCAACCACCUCAACAGCAGCAAUUAGUCAGUCAACAUCGAGCUUUAAUCUUUUGUCAGUUGAAAGCAAUGCUGGAUAUUGUAGAGAAAGAUCUCCUUCGCACGCAUCUACCAACAGUCACGUAUCUUCGUCUUGACGGAAGUAUACCAGCGACCCAAAGGCAUUCCGUAGUGGCGCGUUUUAAUGCUGAUCCGUCGAUUGAUGUACUUUUGCUAACGACUCAAGUCGGAGGGCUAGGAUUAAAUCUAACCGGUGCAGAUACUGUUAUAUUCGUGGAACACGACUGGAAUCCUAUGAAGGAUCUUCAAGCGAUGGAUCGAGCACAUCGGAUUGGACAAAAGAAAGUGGUUAAUGUUUACAGGCUUAUCACGAGGUCCACAGUAGAGGAGAAAAUUAUGGGACUUCAAAAAUUCAAGCUUCUCACAGCAAAUACUGUGAUUUCAACAGAAAACACCUCUCUAGAAACAAUGGCUACCGAUCAGUUAUUGGAUUUGUUCUCAUUAGACAAUAAUAAGGGAAAAAGGUCGGACACACAAGGAGAGACUGUGUCUAAAAUUACUGGCGUCCCAGGCGUUAGUCGUUCUGUCCUAGAAAUUCUUCCUGAGUUAUGGGAACAACAACAGUAUGAUGACGAAUACGAUUUUGAUUCAUUUCUAUCGACAUUAAAGGCUGAUAACCAGUGAGCUUCAAUUUUAAGAAUUAUUACCACUGAUCGCAUAAUCUAGGAAAGUUGCUGAGUAUAUUGUCAAGCGAGCGUACACAAAUCAGAUCAAGUAACACAGAAAACGACCUCCCCGAUCUUAUGGACUGAAUAUAAUAAAUAUUCUUUUAUUAGGAGAAACGAAAACAAC